AUGGCUCAAGCCCUGCCCUGGCUCUUGCUGUGGAUGGGCUCAGGGGUGCUGGGCACCCAGCCAGGAAUCCGGCUCCCCCUGAAGAGUGGGCUCCCCUUGGGUCUCCGGCUGCCGGAGGCUGUCGAGGAGCUGGAUGAGCCCAGCCGCAGAAGCAGUUUCGUAGAGAUGGUGGACAACCUGAGGGGCAAGUCCGGUCAGGGCUACUACGUGGAAAUGACAGUGGGCAGCCCUCCGCAAACGCUCAACAUCCUAGUGGACACAGGCAGCAGUAACUUCGCAGUAGGAGCUGCCCCCCAUCCUUUCUUACAUCGAUACUACCGGAGACAGCUAUCCAGCACCUAUCGAGACCUACGGAAGGGUGUGUACGUGCCCUAUACCCAGGGCAAGUGGGAAGGCGAGCUAGGCACUGACCUAGUAAGCAUCCCUCAUGGCCCAAAUGUCACCGUACGUGCCAACAUCGCUGCCAUUACUGAGUCCGACAAGUUCUUCAUCAACGGCUCUAACUGGGAGGGCAUCCUGGGGCUGGCCUAUGCUGAGAUUGCCAGGCCUGAUGACAGUCUGGAGCCCUUCUUUGACUCUCUGGUAAAGCAGACCCAAGUUCCCAACCUCUUCUCCCUACAGUUGUGUGGCACUGGCUUCCCAAGCCUCAACCAGUCAGAGGCACUGGCCUCAGUUGGUGGGAGCAUGAUCAUUGGGGGCAUUGACCAUUCCCUAUAUGUGGGCAGUCUGUGGUACACACCUAUCCGACGAGAGUGGUACUAUGAAGUUGUCAUUGUUCGGGUGGAGAUCAAUGGGCAGGACCUGAAAAUGGAUUGUAAGGAGUACAACUAUGACAAGAGUAUUGUGGACAGUGGCACCACCAACCUGAGACUGCCCAAGAAAGUGUUUGAGGCUGCAGUGAAGUCCAUCAAGACGGCCUCCUCGACAGAGAAAUUCCCAGAUGGCUUCUGGCUAGGAGAGCAGCUGGUGUGCUGGCAAGCUGGCACUACCCCCUGGAACAUCUUUCCAGUCAUCUCACUAUACCUAAUGGGUGAAGUCACUAAUCAGUCCUUCCGAAUCACCAUCCUGCCACAGCAAUACCUAAGGCCGGUGGAGGACGUUGCCACAUCUCAAGAUGACUGCUACAAGUUUGCCAUUUCACAAUCAACCACGGGCACCGUUAUGGGAGCUGUGAUCAUGGAAGGCUUCUAUGUUGUCUUUGACCGAGCCCACAAACGAAUUGGCUUUGCUGUCAGUGCCUGCCACGUGCACGACGAGUUCCGGACGGCAGCAGUGGAAGGCCCCUUUGUUACCGCAGACAUGGAGGACUGUGGCUACAACAUUCCGCAGACAGACGAGUCAACCCUCAUGACCAUAGCCUACGUCAUGGCUGCCAUCUGCGCUCUCUUCAUGCUUCCCCUCUGCCUCAUGGUGUGCCAGUGGCGCUGCCUCCGCUGCCUGCGCCGUCAGCAGGAUGACUUUGCUGAUGACAUCUCUCUGCUCAAGUGAGGGGCCCUCCAGGCCCCAGAGACCCUCUAUGGCUGUCUACUCUGGCCACAGGCAGGAGACACGGAGAUAAACCGUGUGACCAGAGCACCUCAGGACCCUUACCCACCGGCCUGCCUAUCUCAACAGGGAGAGAACCAGAAGAGACUGGCAAGGUGCGUCCCACAGGGAUAGUGUCUUUAGAAGGGGAAAGAGGAAAGAAGGACGCUCUCCCAUGGCAGGAAACCCCUUGGUCACUUCAAACCUCAGCUAGGAAAUUUUCUGCUGCUUGAAACUUCAUCCCUAAAAAUUUUCACGCCCUCACCUACUCCUUACCCCAAAUCCUUCUCUUUUCCUUAUCACCAGAAUUGGUCCCAUACCCAGCCUUUUGCCCCGCUGGUGUCCUGGGAUUAAACACGGACCGUCCUGGUUCUUUUGAGCAGGGGCCCUUUAUUUUUGUGUAGAACCUAUAUAAACAACCCUAAUUUGAUUACAGGGGUGAAUUUUUUUAAAUUUGUGAAUAGACUGGGGUACUUAACUGAUUUUUAUUUGGGGUUGGGGAAGGACAGGCAAUAGUAAGAAUGGCAGAUAGAGAGGGAAAGGAGAAGUUAGGGAAAAACCGUAAAAGGGAAGAAUAGUCCCAGUUCUAGGCCUUGCUAUUUACAUAGGAUACCAUCUCAUAUAUCCCAGCCAGGAAGACCCUGAAUUGGUAAGGCACUAUAGUUGUCAUGAAAGAACCAGACUGGCUCCCACACUAUGGCCACUGAAUACUCCCUCUCCUAUUCCUCCUGAUUGACUUCCAAGGUAAACUCAGAAGAAAUCCUUACAAAAUUUGACCAGAGUCCUUCGGGAAAAAACAACUAGAUGGCAAAUCAAAUUUCUUGCGCUGAGGUCCACUUAGCAAAUGAUUUUUUUCACUGACUGAACUCUCCGUUGCCAGAGUACUGCUACUAGAAUUCUGCUAAGAUUCCCCAAUCUCCUACACUUCCCUCCUCCCACAGAGAGAAUAAAUGGAAUACAGCAGAGCUUGGCUAUAUUUUUGAGCUACCUAAUCAGAGGGUCUCAUCUCUUUCCCUUCCUUCCCACCCCUUUACAGAGACACAAAGCUCCCAGGGUCCUCCAGGACUUUACAAGCUAGGAAGUUGAGUGAGGGGAUAAGGAACUUUCACCUUAGUCCUUGAAAAGAGAAUCCAGGACUGUUCAGCAAAUCUGGACCUUAGACUCUGCCUGGAUCUCCUUUGUGUUCAGCUAUAAGAAAGGAUCAAGCAUCUACUCCUUCACUAUCCCAGACCUCUCUCACCAUCCUACCAUCUACCCCUCAAACCCCUGUCACAUUCAGGUGGAUGAAGCAUCUUCCAGUGCCACUGGUGGAAUACUGAUAGCUCUCAAAACUCAGUGUUCUCUGGUCCUGUUACUGUCUUCAGUACCAAAGCUGUCCAGGGAGAGGAUAGCAGCCUCCUCACAGCUUCCCUUAUUUCCCUGCAAAUUUUUCUUCCCUUACUGAGUGCCAUUCUUUCCCCGGCUCCUUGGCUCCCCAGCCCAUGUGUUAUAUUGCCACCUAGGGCUGGGCACAGGGGGAAUAAGUUCAUCUUUCCACAGCUCAGAGAACCUGCUGCUGUAGUAUUUGCAGGAAGCGAGAAGGAAAAUACAAGUAACCUCAACUCCACCUCAGCCCCCUAAAAGGAAGUCUCUUCCUCUGUACCACUUUUUUCUAGUCUAGCCCAACCAGUCUAGAUGGGGGCUGCCUGGCCUUCUUUUCUGUGGGUAUGGGGUGGGGCAAGAGUGAGGGAAGAGGGGAGAAAACCGAUGGUGGGGUUCUUGGAAUUUCCUGUCUCAACCUGGCUACUCUGUGGGCGAGAGCCCCAACGAGUUCCCCACAAGUCAUAAACAAAUAACAAUGAGAAUAAUGGACCACAGCUUCUCCUUUCUCCACCCACACUUGCAGUCCUUUUCCUUCUACUGCACCUGGUGCUGCUCUGGCUGAUGGUGAGUACUCUAUAUCGCCAAGACCUGACAGGAAGAUCUCAAAAGACUGCUUCCUUCCAGCUUGGAACUUUACUUGGGUGUGUAAAUAAACCUUUGGGAUUGCCAGUGUAUAGCAAAAAGGCCAAGUUCUGCUUUAUAAUACCUUCCCAAGGCUGAGAAAAACUGUUUUUUUCCUAGCUCUUCCCAGGGCAUAAAACCAACAACUUUGUUUAGUUGGUCUUACAGCCCUCCUGUUAUUUUUUUUAAAGAAAAAACUGGUUGUACUUAAUUCUUCUUUUUACAAUUCCCUUCUCCAAGUUGCCCUACCAACCUUAAACUCUUAAAUGUAAAAAAAAAAUCCCUUUCUGUAUCUGCUUCUUGCUUGUAAGAUAUGUAUGUGUAUAUCUAUUUUUUAAUUCCACCCUCAGAAGCCACUGCCCCAUUUCCAAUCCUCAUUUGGCCUACGCGGCUUCCACAUUUGUAGGCCAGCAGGUAAGAGGGUAGUUGGAACUUUGGCGUUGCUCCAUAAUAGUUCUUAAGAUAAAAGGGAAAGAACUGAGCAACACUGGGUCCUACUUCCCAUACCAGCCUCUCCAGAAGAACUUGUCAUCUUGCUAUAGGUUAAGUCAUUCAAGGGCUUUUGCUGGGGGAGAGGGUUAUUAACCCCUCUACUCUGUCCCACACUCUUCAUCUCUCCACUCCCAUGGCUCUAAAGGCUUUCUGGACAUACCUAGAAGUUACUGUUUUUCCCCAAGUUAGCUUCCUGGCCUUUUAGAAACACUGAGGCAUCAAAAAUGGUCUAGAAGCUACAAGACUCAGGAGAGGCAAGAAGGUCACGAAUAAAGAGAACCACAAAAUGAAGAGAACAAAGAAUUGAUCUCCAAUACUACCUACCACAUUUUCUGCCUCAAAGAAGUCAGAGUAAAAGCCAGUUAUUAGGAGGGUAGACGUCAUUCCCAAAAGGCAAAAACAUUAACCAGAGAAAUCUGGAGGAUAAAAAUGGAGAAUGUGAGUCCUGUGCUCUGGGGCAGCCUCCUGAUCUCUGUUCUAGUUCAGCAGCAGACUAUUUGAAAAAUGCCAAAGGCGAUUCAUUCAGGCCAUUUCCUUGAUCUGAUGGCCAGACAAUACAUUUUGGCAAGAGAGACAAGAAGAAAAGGGAAAGGACACCUGGGUGAAUGGAUGGAAAGGGAGGUAAGAAAGCAGCAAACAGUAAAAAUGGGAGAGAUGUAGAUAGAUCUGGAGGAAAAAUCUUCUGCUACUCCCAUCUAAUCAGUGAUUACUACGAUGCUCCAGCAAAAUAAAACAGCCUGCCCACACUGACCCUGUUAAUAAUACAAUUGGAUUUUUUUGUACGGGGCCAGACACUUAAGAAUUGGCAUUUGGUUUUCAUCUUGGAUGGUUCCCCAUUAGGGAAAGAUCUAGCGUUACCUCCUGUAGGAAUGGGGACUCAAUGGCUUAGGGUAAGAUUCAGAGAUCUAAUAGAGGUAUGGUUUUUCCCAGAAGGGAAUAAAAAAACUCAGAAGAGACCAAAGGGCAAAGUGUAGUACUAGCCAGCACAUGGACGACUAUCUGUAAAAUGCAACCUGGAAUCUAAAAUCCAUGACAUGAAGAGGUUGGGUUUCUGGUGGCCUCCCCUCCUCAUCCUAUUCUGGUCUCCAUUCUUCCCAAUUACAGAGAAUAUUUGCCCCCAGUAGCACUCUUGUUUCAAAGAUUAUAAAAACCACCCCAAGAAAAUUCUGUAGGUGAAUUUGCACAGAGAUCUCCUCACCCCAGUGCCUGCUCAGAGCUCACCCAAGGACACCAAACAACUUGGUUGUGAACCAACUGCCUUAACCUUAAAGGGGGGGAGGGGGGGAGGGCUAGAAAUCUAUAGACUGGGAGACCAGAAGCUAAGGAGAAGGUGAGGACUUUACAAAGGUGGUCUGUCAGAGACAGGGCUCAACCUAAGACAAUACGGACAAGGAAUAGGAGGAACCUGUAGGUUGUGCCAACUUCUGCACAGACAUCUGUAUCCAGGAAGUGGGGUGGCAAAAGGAAUAGGAGGAUCUGAUUGAUAUUGUUAUUCUCAGACUGUGAAUUCAAUUCUGCUGAUGUAAACUGCAAUACUCUGUAAACCUAAUGUCUACGUAAAAAUAAUGAUCAUUAACACAGUAAAUUAUUCAAUCUAAAGUCAAA